UUCAUCGUCUCAUCAACUCACCCUUCGCUCUUACUCAUUUCCCUCUUCUCUACCUCAUCGACCAAACCAAAGAACAAACAUGAAUCUCAUCCCGAGCUCAGAGCGGGCAUCGCUGGCCACAGCCAUGGCGGUCUGGGGCACGUUUAUCCUCUUUGCCAUAGGCUUCCAAAAGUCGUACUCGACCACCCGCGUCAUAAUCGACCACAUCACGGAAUUCUCAGACCUGGACAUACCGUCUUGCACGAUCUCCGGUGCCGCCAAGAAGAAGAAGAUCAAGAGAGAGAAAGCAAGGAAGACGGCUCGCUUCGAAGAACAUGUUGCAGACCCUGAUUGUUACGAUGAGGAGUUCAAGUUCAUCGCCAUGGAAAUGAUUAUAACGAUGAUGAAGAUAGCGAUCAUCGUCCUUCGCCAUCCACAAAGGAUAAAAGCUCGUCCAAGUUCGGAGGAAUGCCAGCGAACAGAGCAGCACUUUACGAAGCAAUUCUCAGCGAUCGCGUCCGUCACAGAUUGGCCAGUUGUUAUCGAUAAAUUGCUUCUUUAUCUUCACGUGAAUUAAAAAAAAAAAAAAGAUAAAAAAAAUGUCAUGUUUGUAUGAUAUCCGCCAUCAUCAACCAUAAGUAUAUUCCGAUAAAUAUUCUCUAUUUUCUUUGCUUUUUUGUCCCCUUUUGUUCGAUAGCUCUUUUGUUUUUGUUUUUCCGUUUUUUGGUUCUACCUUGUCACUAAGCAAGGAAGUGUUAAGAGCCUGUAGAGAUUGGUAUUAGGGCUCAAUUGUGUAUAUUUGAUGAAUAUGUGUGGAAGCAGGAGGUUUUUUCUUAAGUAAAAAUAUUUUUU